AUGGAAUUGCCACAUAAACGACAACGCGUCAACACCAACGGUGAUUCGAUCGCGCAGCGAUUUCUCACCGAGGCUGCUGUCAUGGCCGACUUUUUUGCCAGAACCGAUCUCACAGAAUGCAUCGACGAACUGCAUGCAGCCGACGGUGGUAGGCUCAUCAAGGAAAUACUCCUUAACGCAGCUCUAGCUACACCAGAGAUUGCUGCAACCCUGCGCAGCCGCAAACAGGAACACAUUGAGCGAGUUGAGCGAGAGCGUUGCAAGGUCAUCGAUUUCAGCAGUUACGCCCAGAAGGUUGACUAUUGGAUCAACGAGCGGUUCAUCAACUCCAGCUGUGCGAAGCAAUACAAUGUCUCUUUCGACGUCAUACGACAAAUAGAAGAAAUCUUCACAACCAUCGUUGAACAAGCCGCUCAAAAGCGUGCCCCCUUCGGCACGAAGCAGUCUGCGCUCGAUGCGCUGUACCUUAUUGGAUGGGCGAUCUGUGAAAGCCAGGAAGAGAUCGGUAAACAAAUCCGUAUGCAUUUCCAGGUCGACAACUCUUUGGAAGACUCGAUGAACGCCGUCAUUGACGAGAUGAGCGUGGAGGAGUGUGAGAGGAUGUGUGCUCUGGAUUACUCGGGUACAACGUUUUUGGAAGCGAUGGAGCAGCUUAAGAAGACUGCUGACGAUUACUGCGUUUGCACGGGUCUCCAAGACGUGAUCACAAAUCUUACUUGUGAGGAUGAGACGGACGAGGAUGGGGAAGGCGAAGAAGAAGCGUAA